AUGGAGAGCCUCCAGUUGGCUCAGAUGCUGGCGGAUUUGAGUAGUCUUAAUGCGACUGAACCUGCCGCCGCAUCCUCCCUCCUGAACGCGAGCAAGGCGAUCGACUCAGCCAUCGAGAACAUUGAAAGCGGGAAGCCCCAGUCCCAGUCCCAGCAACACGAUAGGCCAGGCGUACGACGGGCGGUCUCGUCGAUCAGCUCCACUGGUUCCGGGACCGGUCGAUUUGACAAAUUUGGUCGGCAUGUCUUUGGGAGCCAGCCGCCCUCGCGGCCGAGCUCCGUCGCCGCCACCAUGCCCGGAACACCUACCGGUCCUCAAGAUAUUGAAGACGAUGUUGACAGAGCCUCGACGCUCAUGGCACUCCACGAUAUACGAGCCAAGCUUAAGCAGCAGGACAACCGGAGCCUAAUGAGAGCGCGGGAGAAGAUCAACGCCCUAGUAGCUCGUCAGCAGGCGCAAGAGAUGGAGCAGGCCAAACACAAGGAUCUUGCUACUCGCAAGCCCAAGUACACUUACCCAAAGUAA